GAAGUUUCUGCUGGGGUCUGCACUGGAACUAUACCACUAAAAAACCCAGCCCUGUAUGAUUGGCAUCUGAGAAGACAGAAAGGACCACAGAGAGUCUACAUGUCUAAUAUUUAGACAUGUUCAGCUUUGUGGAUACACGGACACUGCUCCUUAUAGCAGCAACAAUCGUAUUAGCAAGAUGUCAAGGAGAGGAAGAUGUACUUUCUACCCAGUGCGUACAGGGUGGUGUUAAGUAUAAUGACCGAGAUGUUUGGAAACCAGAGCCCUGCCAGAUCUGCGUCUGCGACAGCGGAAGCAUUCUGUGCGAUGAUGUGAUCUGCGAGGAUACAGACUGCCCCAAUCCAGAAAUCCCAUUCAAUGAAUGCUGCCCAGUGUGCCCAGACUAUGCACCUCAAGAAGUGACUGGAGUUGAGGGACCCAAGGGAGAUACUGGUCCAAGGGGUGACAGGGGACUUACUGGCCCACCUGGCAGAGAUGGCAUUCCCGGACAGCCUGGUCUUCCUGGCCCCCCUGGCCCCCCUGGCCCACCUGGUCUUGGCGGAAACUUUGCUCCUCAAAUGUCUUAUGGUUAUGAUGAGAAGUCUGCUGGUGUCUCCAUGCCCGGCCCUAUGGGCCCAAUGGGUCCCCGUGGUCCACCUGGCCCUUCUGGAUCAUCUGGACCUCAAGGCUUCCAAGGACCCCCUGGUGAACCUGGUGAACCCGGUGCUGCUGGUGCUAUGGGACCCCGUGGCCCUCCAGGACCCUCAGGAAAGAACGGUGAUGAUGGUGAAGCUGGCAAACCAGGCCGCCCCGGUGAGCGUGGACCCCCUGGACCUCAGGGUGCCCGUGGUCUUCCAGGAACUGCUGGUCUUCCAGGCAUGAAGGGACACAGAGGUUUCAACGGUUUGGAUGGUGCUAAGGGUGACACUGGCCCUGCUGGCCCUAAGGGUGAACCUGGUGCUCCUGGUGAGAAUGGCGCUCCUGGACAAGUGGGUCCACGUGGUCUUUCUGGUGAGAGAGGUCGUCCUGGCCCCCCUGGCCCUGCUGGUGCUCGUGGUAAUGAUGGUUCUCCUGGCGCUGCUGGUCCCCCUGGUUCCACUGGUCCCACUGGCCCCCCUGGCUUCCCUGGUGGUGUUGGCCCCAAGGGUGAUGCUGGUCCCCAAGGAUCUCGCGGUUCUGAUGGUCCCCAAGGUGCUCGUGGUGAACCUGGUGCUCCUGGACAAGCUGGCCCUGCUGGUCCUUCUGGAAAUCCUGGUACUGAUGGUCAACCUGGUGGCAAGGGUGCAACUGGUUCUCCUGGUAUUGCUGGCGCUCCUGGAUUCCCUGGUGCCCGUGGCGCUCCCGGACCUCAAGGUGCUGGUGGUCCUCCUGGUCCCAAGGGUAACAAUGGUGAACCCGGUGCUCAAGGAAACAAGGGUGAGCCUGGUGCCAAGGGAGAACCUGGCCCAGGUGGUGUUCAAGGCCCCCCAGGCCCCCCUGGUGAAGAAGGCAAGAGAGGAUCUCGUGGAGAACCUGGCCCAUCUGGACCACCUGGACCCGCUGGUGAACGUGGAUCUCCUGGCAGCCGUGGUUUCCCUGGCUCUGAUGGUGCAUCUGGACCCAAGGGUCCCCCUGGAGAACGCGGUCCCGUUGGCCCUGCUGGUCCCAAAGGAUCUGCUGGUGAAUCUGGCCGCCCUGGUGAGCCUGGACUUCCUGGUGCUAAGGGUCUGACUGGUAGCCCAGGUAGCCCUGGUUCCGAUGGCAAGACUGGCCCUGCUGGUGCUCCUGGUCAAGAUGGUCGCCCUGGACCCCCUGGCCCACCUGGUGCCAGAGGCCAAUCUGGUGUCAUGGGAUUCCCUGGUCCUAAAGGAGCUGCUGGUGAACCCGGAAAGCCUGGUGAGAGAGGAGUUGCUGGUCCCCCUGGUGCUACUGGACUUCCUGGUAAAGAUGGUGAAGCUGGUGCUCAAGGUCCUCCUGGCCCCGCUGGUCCUGCUGGUGAGAGAGGUGAACAAGGUCCCGGUGGUCCCCCUGGAUUCCAGGGUCUUCCCGGUCCCCCAGGUCCCGCUGGUGAGAGUGGAAAGCCCGGUGAACAGGGUGUUCCUGGUGAUGUUGGACCCCCUGGCCCAUCUGGUGGAAGAGGUGAGAGAGGUUUCCCUGGUGAACGCGGUGCCCAAGGUCCUCCUGGCCCACAGGGACCUCGCGGUUCUAAUGGUGCUCCUGGUAACGAUGGUGCUAAGGGUGAAGCUGGUGCUCCCGGGUCUCCUGGUGGCCAAGGACCUCCCGGCCUGCAGGGAAUGCCAGGUGAACGUGGCGCUGCUGGUCUUCCUGGUGCAAAGGGUGACAGAGGUGACCAAGGACCUAAGGGAAGUGAUGGUGCUCCUGGCAAAGAUGGUGUAAGAGGUCUGACUGGCCCUAUUGGUCCUCCUGGCCCAUCUGGCUCUCCUGGUGACAAGGGUGAAGCUGGCCCCUCCGGCCCUGCUGGUCCAACUGGCGCUCGUGGUGCUCCCGGCGAGCGUGGUGAACCUGGUCCCCCUGGUCCUGCUGGAUUUGCUGGUCCCCCUGGUACUGAUGGUCAACCUGGUGCCAAGGGUGAACCAGGUGAUGCUGGUCAAAAAGGUGAUGCUGGUCCUCCUGGCCCUUCUGGACCCACUGGUGCUCCUGGCCCUGCUGGCUCUCUUGGUGCUCCUGGACCUAAAGGUGCUCGUGGCCCUGCUGGACCCCCUGGUGCAACUGGUUUCCCUGGAGCUGCUGGAAGAGUUGGACCCCCUGGCCCCUCUGGCAAUGCUGGACCCCCUGGCCCCGGUGGACCAUCUGGAAAGGAAGGACAAAAGGGACCUCGUGGUGAGACUGGCCCAGCUGGUCGCCCUGGUGAGCCUGGUGCUUCUGGACCUCCAGGACCUUCUGGAGAGAAAGGUUCUCCUGGUGGUGAUGGUCCUCCUGGUCCUCCCGGUACUCCCGGACCUCAAGGUAUUGCUGGACAGCGUGGUGUGGUUGGUCUUCCAGGACAGAGAGGAGAAAGAGGAUUCCCAGGUCUUCCCGGACCAACUGGUGAGCCUGGCAAACAAGGUCCUUCCGGUCCCAGUGGUGAACGUGGUCCCCCUGGUCCUUCUGGCCCACCAGGCUUAGGUGGACCCCCUGGAGAAGCUGGUCGUGAGGGUUCUCCUGGCUCUGAAGGUGCUCCCGGUCGUGAUGGUGGUGCUGGACCCAAGGGUGAUCGUGGUGAGAGUGGACCUGCUGGUCCUCCUGGCGCUCCUGGUGCCCCUGGUGCUCCUGGCCCAGUUGGCCCUGCUGGAAAGAAUGGAGAUCGUGGUGAAACUGGUCCCUCUGGUCCUGCUGGUCCCUCUGGUCCUGCUGGUGCUCGCGGUCCUUCUGGACCUCAAGGCCCACGUGGUGACAAGGGUGAAGCUGGAGAACAGGGUGAGAGAGGCAUGAAGGGACACAGAGGAUUUAACGGACUUCCCGGACCACCUGGUACCCCUGGUCAUUCUGGUGAACAAGGUCCAUCUGGUGCUUCUGGCCCUGCUGGUCCAAGAGGUCCUCCUGGAUCUUCUGGCUCUCCUGGUAAAGAUGGUUCCAAUGGCCUCCCUGGUCCAGUUGGUCCUCCUGGUCCACGUGGUCGUACUGGUGAUGUUGGACCUGCUGGUCCCCCUGGUCCUCCUGGUCCUCCAGGUCCUCCUGGCCCUCCAAGUGGUGGAUUUGACUUCAGCUUCAUGCCCCAGCCUCCUCAGGAGAAAUCUGAUGGCCGUUUCUACCGUGCUGAUGAUGCCAAUGUAAUGCGUGACCGUGACAUUGAAGUAGAUACUACACUCAAGAGCCUGAGCAAACAGAUUGAGAACAUCCAGAGUCCUGAAGGCACCAGAAAGAACCCAGCCCGCACCUGCCGUGACCUGAAGAUGUGCCACUCUGACUGGAAGAGCGGUGAAUACUGGAUUGAUCCCAACCAAGGCUGCAACCUCGAUGCCAUCAAAGUCUAUUGUAACAUGGAGACUGGACAGACCUGUGUCAACCCCACUCAGAGCAGCAUUCCACAGAAGAACUGGUACAGCAGCAAGAACCCACGCGAGAAGAAACAUGUCUGGUUUGGCGAGGCAAUGAGCGAUGGAUUCCAGUUCGAAUAUGGAAGUGAGGGAUCUGACCCAGCUGAUGUUGCUAUCCAACUCACCUUCCUCCGUCUCAUGGCCACUGAAGCCUCUCAGAGCAUCACCUACCACUGCAAGAACAGCGUUGCUUACAUGGAUCAGGCUACUGGCAACUUGAAGAAGGCCCUGCUCCUGCAAGGAUCAAAUGAGAUUGAAAUUAGAGCUGAGGGCAACAGCCGAUUCACCUAUGGUGUCACUGAAGAUGGCUGCACGCAACAUACAGGAGAAUGGGGCAAGACUGUCAUUGAAUACAAGACAACGAAAACAUCACGCUUACCCAUCACUGACGUGGCACCCAUGGAUAUUGGAGCCGCAGACCAGGAAUUCGGAAUUGACAUCGGCCCAGUCUGCUUCGUAUAAAACAAACAAAACACAAAUACCAGGACAGGAGACUAUCUCAUGUGGACUUGAAAUUGUUGUUCUUCUCAUCUCUAAAACUCUUUUUGUUUCCGCAAGCAUUACACGAAAAUACAAACCGAUAGUCAUGCUUUGAAGAACAUCUCUCAAAGGACAGACCACGCCUGUGUGUGUGUAUUUUGUGUUCACGGGAGGAAGAUUCCCUUCUGUCCCACCUACAGUGCCCAUGUAUAUAUGAAUUGGCCAUCCAAGGACCUUAUAGAAGAAACAUCUGAGAGAAAAAAAAGAACAGGAAAGUCCUUAAAUUUCAGCUAUCCCUAGAUCUGAAAUGACAGUGCGGGAUGAAUAAACUUAAAGUUUCCCGAGUAGAAGAGGAGUAAACCAAAUCAUUUCAUGUAAUGCACCUUUUUUAAACAUUUUUUGUUUUCAUUUGUUCAGGUGGCAAAAAAAUAAAUAUGAAAAAAAUUUAAAUUGAA